AUGAAUAAUAGCAAUCCGGCGGCCCGGUAUGCGGCGGGGAUUCCACACGGAAUGCAUAUGAGUUACACCGCCCCUGCAGGCGCACCGAAUCCCUAUCAAUCCAUGCGCGGGGCGUAUCCCAUCGCCACCGCCGCCUUCGUAGCCCAACAACAACAACAACUCCAACAGGUCCAACAACAACAACUGCAACUCCAACAGGCACAGUCAAUGCUGCAGGCCCAACAGGUGCAACAACAACAACAACAGGUCCAUCAAACAGUGAUGACGGCUCCCGUUUCGGCCGUCCAUCCUCAACAGGUCCAACAACAACAACAGGUUCAAGUCCAACAACAACAACAACAACAAGUUCAACAACAACGUCCACGAGUGGCGGUGGAUGGCCCGUAUGGAUUGUUGGCUCUUCCUGGUCUUAUUCAACACUCUGCGAAUCCAGAGAACAGUGAGAGUGCGGCCUUCUUCUAUCUCACGCGUGGAUUUGAUCUCAACUCGCUUGGCAUCAAUGUUGCCCAGCAGCGGCCGCUGCACCCCACACUUGUGAGUUUAGCCCUCGAGCGGCCGGAGGUGCCUGUGAUUGCCGAGUACCGCAUUCCCGACUGCUAUAAACAGGCAAAGCCGCGUCAACCCACACUGAAGUUAUUACAGAAGUAUAAGAAUGAUACCUUGUUGUAUAUAUUCUAUUCCAUGCCGCGGGAUCUUUUGCAGGUGGCGGCCGCACGUGUCCUCUUGGAGCGUGGAUGGUGUUUUCACAAGGUGCGCCAGCAGUGGAUGCGGCGGCGCAGUUCUAGUGGAUUUGAGUUCUUUAAUCAGAACACAUGGAAGAUGGAAAUUGAGGAGAACUACCAGCCAAACCCCGCAGAGGUAGAGAGUGAUCUCUCAGACCCCGCACAUGCCAGUCUUAGCGCGGUGAUUGCCGGCAGCAAUAAUAAUAAUAACAAUAACAAUAAUAAUAAUACCACUGGGGGUAGUACUGUACGGGGAACAGGUGGAGAUGCAGCAGCAGCAGCAGCCACAACACCAACCACCACAACAUCACCUUCAGCAGCAGCAACAACAACAGCAACAGCAGGUACUGCUUAG